AUGCAUCUCCCGACACUCUUUUUUUCUCUUAGCUGCCUGACUGGUAUAGUGAUCGCGCAGCAGGACUGUGGCACGGCCUACGUUACAGUCACGAAAUCGGUUUACGAAACCUCUGAAGCCUCAAUCCUACAUGUUGGCCCGACCGAUGCUCCAAAGGCACUAGAGUAUUUUCACGGGAAAGGACACAGGGGUGGCCAUGGACAUAGAUCCUCCAAAGAACCUAGCAGUGUCUCAAACCAUUCCGCUAUCGCUAUACAAACUCCGACUAUCCAAAUUGCCUCCUCUCCGUCUUUCACCUCUUCUGGUGCAGGCGCAGCUAGCUCGCCGGCAACGGUAGCUGCUUCUUCGAAAACCGUUCUCUCCUCGACGUCUACCAGCGCGGCCAGUUCCUCGAUUCCGACUUUUCCCAGCUCUGGGACCUACGAAGAGAAGGCCUUAUACAGCCAUAACAUCCACCGUCUAAACCACACUGUCCCAAACAUGUCAUGGAAUCAAACACUUGCGGAUGCUGCAACAAGCUGGGCAAAUCAAUGCGACUUUGCUCAUAACACAACAUUACUUGCUGGUGGCUAUGGCCAAAACUUGGCAGCCAGCAGUCCCACGGCCAGUAUCUCGGUUCACAUAUCUGACUAUUGGUACAAUGGUGAGAUGCCGCUAUAUGCUGGUCUUUAUGGUGAGGCUGAGCCGAGUGGAUCUGGAUUCGGCCAUUUUACGCAGGUUGUCUGGAAGGAUAGCACUAGCGUGGGUUGCGGUACGGUUGACUGUACAUCCUCAUCUCUUGGAAUGUGGUAUACUGUGUGCAAUUAUUGGCCUGCAGGUAAUUGGGUUGGUGAGUAUGACAGCAAUGUACUCAAGCCAAUUGGAAAUCCAAUUGUGAAGGGUAAUGAGUCUGACAUCAUGACUUGA